UCUAUAAUUUCCAUGUCGUCUAUAGAAUUACAGAGGGAAUGCAUAUCAGUUCAUAUUGGACAAGCUGGCGUCCAAAUUGGAAACGCCUGUUGGGAAUUGUAUUGUUUAGAACAUGGAAUUCAACCUGAUGGUCAAAUGCCAUCGGACAAGACCAUUGGUGGCGGAGACGAUUCGUUCAACACGUUCUUUAGCGAAACUGGAUCGGGGAAACAUGUUCCCAGGGCUGUUUUCGUGGACCUAGAGCCCACCGUUGUCGACGAAGUCAGAACUGGAACUUAUCGUCAACUGUUUCAUCCUGAACAACUGAUAACUGGCAAAGAAGAUGCAGCUAAUAAUUACGCUCGUGGACACUACACAAUUGGGAAAGAAAUAGUGGACGUUGUUUUGGACAGAUUAAGAAAAUUGGCAGAUCAAUGUACUGGUUUGCAGGGAUUUCUGGUCUUCCAUUCUUUCGGAGGAGGCACGGGGUCUGGUUUUACCAGUCUGCUAAUGGAGCGUCUGAGUGUGGAUUAUGGAAAGAGAUCAAAACUGGAGUUCUCUAUAUAUCCAGCUCCACAGGUUUCUACUGCCGUCGUGGAACCUUACAACUCAAUCUUAACAACUCAUACAACCCUGGAACAUUCGGAUUGCGCUUUUAUGGUCGACAAUGAGGCAAUUUACGACAUAUGUCGUAGAAAUUUAGACAUAGAGCGUCCCACGUAUACUAACUUGAAUCGCCUAAUAGGCCAAAUCGUCUCAUCCAUAACAGCGUCUUUGAGAUUUGAUGGGGCUCUAAAUGUGGAUUUAACAGAAUUUCAAACGAAUUUGGUGCCAUACCCUCGAAUCCAUUUUCCUCUAGCCACAUAUGCCCCCGUGAUAUCAGCUGAGAAAGCUUACCAUGAACAAUUAACUGUUGCCGAAAUAACAAAUGCUUGCUUCGAACCAGCAAACCAAAUGGUCAAAUGUGAUCCACGUCAUGGGAAGUACAUGGCUUGCUGCAUGUUAUACAGGGGUGAUGUAGUACCAAAAGAUGUAAAUGCAGCAAUAGCUACAAUCAAAACCAAACGUUCCAUUCAGUUCGUGGAUUGGUGUCCAACUGGGUUUAAAGUUGGUAUAAAUUAUCAGCCGCCUACGGUUGUUCCAGGGGGUGAUUUGGCUAAAGUUCAAAGGGCUGUAUGCAUGUUAUCCAAUACUACUGCAAUUGCUGAGGCAUGGGCAAGGCUUGAUCACAAAUUUGAUCUAAUGUAUGCAAAAAGAGCUUUUGUCCAUUGGUAUGUGGGUGAAGGAAUGGAAGAAGGGGAAUUCUCUGAAGCUAGAGAGGAUUUGGCAGCCUUAGAAAAGGACUAUGAAGAGGUUGCAGUUGACUCAGUUGAGGGUGAAGAAGAUGGGGAUGAAUAUUAGACCACGCAAAGUUGUUGGCGUUGUAGUUGACUUUUUGAUUGCAUAUUUUAUUUUAAUAACUAUCAUUUAACGUUCCCAGAUAAUGUUUAUAACAUAUGUAACGCUUUUAUUUUACAUUUUAAAUAAUUGUAAUUUUAUGACGAUAAAUAAACAACAUUUGCACA